AUGAAUAUUGUUCAAAAACCAGAAAUCCAACAUCACGAAUCAAUUGAUAUGAGAACACCAAGUAUUCAUGAAGAAAUAAAACCAGUGGGUGAUAUACGACCUUUAUUUAAACCAGGUAAUCCUGCUGCUAUUGGAUUUGCGUCUUUUGCUACUGGUAGUUUGGUGAUUGGACUUUAUUGUAUUGGGUUGUUGACGAAUUUGCCACAAGUGACAGUGGGUGUUGCUUUGGGUUUUACUGGGAUUUGUCAAUUCACCUCUGGUCUUUUGGAACUCUUGAUUGGGAACACAUAUGCGGCCACGACCAUGAUGACUUAUUCUGGUUUCUUCUUUUCAUUUGGUAUCAUGUUCUCUCCAGCAAGUGGAUUUUUGGAAAUUGCGAUGAAAGAAGGUGAAGAUGCGCUUCAAACAUGUGUAGGACUUUAUAUGUUGGGUUAUACCUUUGUUUCUUUUAUUUUCUUUUUGGGUACAUUCCGUCAACCUUGGCUUAUUCGUGCUACUCUGUUACAAGUCUUUUUGGCCUUUUUGACAAGUUGCUUGGGUAACUUUCUUCAUAACAAUGGUUUGGUGGCUGCUAGUGGUUGGAUUUCUAUUUCUUUGGCUUUGACUGCUUACUAUGUGAUGGCUACUCUGAUCUACGACGAUACUACUACGUUCAUCAAAUUACCUGCUUUUUGAAUGUCCUUCUUCAGAUGAUUUAUAUAAGAUGAUAUCCCUUCUCUCUAUUAUUUUACUAUAUAUAUAUAUAUUACUUCUGAUUUUCUUUAUAUAUAUUAUCUCAUGUAUUUUAGUUCCCUUCUUCUUUUAUCAUAUUUUAUAUCCCAAAUAAUAAAAU